ACUACUCCCUUUCUCUAGUUUGGGUCAGUCGGGUUUCGUUUAGGGUUUUGCAGAGUUACGGUUGCAGAAACCAAACCAAGCAUGGCGACCGAUGUCAUCCAGGCGGACAGAAUAAGCACUCUCUUCAACGAGCUCGAAGCACGCAAAUCUCUCCUGACAACAUGCACGGACCUAUACAAGUCUCUCUCCAAUCACUUCGAAACGUUGCAGCAAACCCAUCAUCAGAAAUCGGCAGACCUGGAUUCUAGAAUCGAAGCUCUCGAGUCCCAGACCAAAAAAACUCUAGAAUUGUUAGAUCAACGUGAGAGCACGAUCCCCGAGCGCGAAUCCGCGGCAGCCGCGCGCAUUGAAGAGCUGAAGGAGUCGGCGAUAGCAGAGCUCCAGAAUUCGGUUGCCAAGGAUGGGGAAUUUUCUGACAAUUUGAGAUCGUAUUGUAGGAAGAUGGAUAUGAAUGGCUUGUUGAAGUUCUUGUUAUCGAAGAGGAAAGAAUCGGUGGCAUUGAGGUCGGAGAUUGCAGCAGCGGUGGAGGAGGCAGUGGAUGCUCAGAGGCUGGUGCUGGAUGCAGUGGAGGAGUUUGUGAGUGCGAAGUUCGGGAAGGGAGGGGUCGCGGAUCGAAGGUGGGCAUGUGGGGUGUUGAUACAGGCUGUCUUUCCAGUGACGGAGUUGGCACCGGGGAAAAAAGCUGUAGCAGGCAGCAUGGCCCAGAGGGCGCUGGAAGUUGCGGAGAAGUGGAGGGGAGUGAUGGGUGGGGAGGGUGGUGUUGGGGCGGGGGAGGCCGCAAUGUUUUUGCAUAUGGUGAGUGGUUUUGGGUUGAGGGAGAAGUUUGAGGAGGAGUUCUUGAGGAAGUUGGUGGUGGAGCAUGCGGCAAGAAGGGAUAUGGCAAAGAUUGCAUUGGCCUUGGGGCUUGGGGAGAAAAUGGGAGAUAUAAUUGAGGAGUUAGUCAAAAGCAGCAAGGAGAUUGAGGCAGUGUAUUUUGCUUUUGAGUCUGGUUUGACUGAGCAAUUUCGUCCAGCUACUCUGCUUAAGUCCUAUCUCAGCAAUUCCAGGAAGAAUGUGAAUGCUGUAUUGAAGAAUGGCAAUUCUAAUGCGGCUGCAAUGGAACAAGCCAGCGCCUUGGAGUUGAAUUCCUGCAAAACUAUCAUAAAAUGUGUGGAGGACUUCAAGCUUGAAUCAGAAUUCAACAUUGACAGCCUAAAGAAGCGAGUGACACAGUUGGAGAAAGCUAAGGCAGAGAAGAAGAAGAAUGCAGCAUCUACAAAUAAACCUUCAAACAAGAGAGCACGUGGGGGGAGCAACAGGGACAGUGGUCCACCUGCUUUCAGGUCUGCUAAAGCCGGGAGGUUUUCUAAUUUCUCCCCUUCUUUUGGCCGCAGGAACCAUCCCCAGUCACACCAAACUGCCCCUGCCAGAUACCCAACACCAUACAGUUAUCCCAGCCAGGGUGCUUAUGAGGGUCCUGGCACAGUCUCAUAUGGGUCUGGAUAUGGAGCUCCUCAUGCCCAAAGCUCCACUCUUCCACAACAACAGUACUCGUAUGCAUCUCAAGAUGUGGCUGCUGGCGGCAUCCGGUCAGUGCCAGGGGCAGGAGUUGGGGUGGGAGGCUCCUACGGGGGACAGACCAAUUAUGGUGCCUAUGAUUACAGUGCUGCUGCAGCCGCAGCUGCUGCAGCAGCUCCUCCUGCUUACCCACCCUCCUACCCACAAUAGAGUAGGGGUUUGGGAGGAUUGAAGCAAGCAGCUGUGGAUCUCUCUAGUGCUUAAUAUAAUAUUUUCAGGUUUUAGGGUAGAGAUGAUGGAAUGCACGCUGUUGUUUUGUUUUUGUAGAAAAUGAUCAUUACCUGGGCAGCAUUUUAUCUGAUUUCAGAUGUGGCGUCUGUUUGAGCAUUGACUCUGGUUUCAGUUGUAGGGCAACCUUUAGCAUUAUGUCUUUUUGGAUGAAGAAAUACUAAAUCUAAUGCAAUGGCUUGGGUAGGAUGACAUGGCGUCCAAGGAGCAGUCGUGUAGCUUUCCAUCAGCCAUGUUUAUUUGGGUUAA